AUGAAGACUGUCGUCGCUCUUUCUUUGGUUGUUGUUGCUCUUGGGGCGCCCACCAAAACUAUUGAGAACCGCCAGUUCGGCAGUCUCGGUAGUGGCCUGGGUGCUCUGUCCUCCCUCAUUCCUAGCUCCGGCAGCGGUCUUAGUGGUCUUAGUGGUCUCGGCUCUCUGGGAGGAUCUAGCAGCGAGAGCGGUCUCGGCGCCCUGGCUUCUCUCAUCCCCAGCUCCUCGAGCAGUGGCCUCAGCGGUCUCAGUGGUCUUAACAGUCUCAGCGGCCUCGAGUCUCUGGGAGGUUCCAGCAGCGACAGUGGUUUGGGAGCCUUGGCCUCUCUUCUGCCCAGCUCGGGCAGUGGCCUCAGUGGACUCGGCGACCUUAGCAGUCUCGGUUCCCUAGGUGGAUCAAGCAGCGACAGCGGCCUCAGUGCGCUGGCCUCUCUUAUUCCCAGCCUGGGUUCAGGUCUGGGUGAUUCCUCUUCCAGCUCCGGUAUCAGCAGCCUGCUAGGAGGCCUUUCUAAGCGGCAGCUCACAAGCUCGAUUACUGCCAACGACGUCACCGACAAGGCUAGCUGCAAGGAGCUGACUUUUAUCUUCGCUCGCGGUAGUGAUGAGUUGGGCAACAUGGGCUCCGUGGUUGGCCCACCCGUUGCUACUCAGUUGAAGUCCUUGACUGGCAACAAAGUUAAUGUUCAGGGUGUGACCUAUGCAGCGACUGCUGAGAGCAACGUGGCCCUCGGUGCUAAUGGCGGUCCUAUCAUGGCCAAUCUGGUCGAGACUGCUCUCAAGCAGUGCCCCGAUACCAAGGUCGUGCUGGGUGGUUACUCGCAGGGUUCGAUGGUCGUCCACAACGCCGCAAGCCGCCUGACGGCCGACCAGGUCGCCGGUGCCGUGCUCUUCGGCGACCCAUUCAAGACUCAGGCCGUCGGCAAGCUGGAUAGUAGCAAGGUCAAGGAGUACUGUGCUAGCGGUGACCCCGUCUGCGAGAACGGAUUUAACGUGAUGGCGCACUUGACUUAUGGCAGCGAUGCUAAGGAGGCCGCGCAAUUCCUCAUCCAAGCUGCCGGACUUUCGACUUCCUCCUGA